AUGUCUGGGGCAGAGGCGCUGGGCCCGCGGGGACCUGAAGACGCUGGGGCAUGCAUGGGGGAUGUCCCCUCCCUUAAAGAAAUUGAGCAGCUCCUGAACACCGGGCGGCCCUCUUGCAACCACGUUGAUGAAGUAUGGCCUAAUCUCUUCUUGGGAGACCUAGUAACAGCUCACAACAGAUUUGUUUUGUGGAAGAUGGGUGUGACCCAUGUUUUAAAUGCUGCCCACGGCACAGCAUACAGCCAUGGAGGCCAGGACUUUUACGGAGCAACCAUUGAUUACUAUGGUGUACCAGCCCAUGACCUACCAAGCUUUGAUAUAAGCCAGUUCUUUUUCUCUGCAGCGCAAUUCAUCCACAACGCCUUGAACACGCCAGGAGCUAAAAUUUUGGUACAUUGUGCCGUUGGAGUAAGCAGGUCAGCUUCCCUAGUCCUAGCAUAUCUCAUGAUAAAUCACCACCUCCCGUUGGUUGAAGCCAUCAAAACGGUGAAGGAACAUCGAUGGAUUUCACCCAAUCGUGGCUUUCUGAAACACCUGCGAAAUUUGGAUGUUCAGCUACGGCAAAAGAAGGACUGCUGA